CUGGCAACUCAGCUGGUGCUUCUGCAAAAGGCAAAACAUACAAAACAAAAAACAAACGCAUAACAAUUCGCUUCAAUUUUGUGCUCCGAAAGUGCAAUAAAUUUUCUAUCGUCACUGCUAUGAAAACAUUGUUUAGUUAUUAGCUAGCCAACGAUGAAGUGAAAUGCAAAAAACAUGAAUUCUCCAGUAUCGUCAGUUUUGGACUUCUCCUCCUUCGCUAGGGAAUUGAACCAAAGUCCGCUCGCCGAUUACGCGAUCAGUGCCAACUCCAACACAAACUGCUGUGCAGCGGAUUCGCCACUCUCGAAAAAAUUUGAAAAUGCAAUGCAGAAGCUGAUUUGCAAUUGCGACUUAGACGGCGAAAAUAAUAUUUCCACCCCGGUGAUUACUGAAAUAGUCGGUGAGAGACAUGAAGAAAAUUGCAACACGGGUAAUACACCAACAAAUAGUGCCUUUUGCAGCGGUAGAGAAAACCACAACGAAUCUUUAGCGACCACCGUGGACUUCGACGAGGAACCCCUGGAACUGACGGGUGAAUGGUUUGAUGAAAGUGGUGAAGCUGCAGACGAAGGCAGUUCUGAUGAACAACAACAUUCGAGAUCCCAAUCCUUAUCGUAUUCGCUGUCAGUUUCUCAUGCACAAGAAAACUUUUCCCAGUAUUCACAGAGUACGGAUAAGGGACUCUCGAAAAGAUACGAUUCGCCGUGUUCGUACGAAGAUGAUAGGGAAUCGGAAUGCAGUAACUUCGAUAAACUUGACGACUGGAACGAAUACUAUAGUGAUAUGCAGAACAACAACGGCAUAGAGGCUACUAAUCGCGAUUUUAGAGAAUAUUAUGAUGAGUAUGUAUCUAGUAAAGGGCAGAUGAGUACAUCUACCGUUCGAACCGGAGUUAGUGAGGAGGGCACCGCCAGUGAAACCGACACCAAAAAUAUUUCUAGUAUUUGUGGCAACGCUGGACUGAUGGUGGACAAUGUUGACAGCUCUAUCGAAGUUCCAGAUAACAAAAAGGUAUGUAUUGAGAAAUGCCAAGCUUUUUUGCGAUACCGCAAUCCAACCAACGAAAUGGAUGAUGAGCUUAUGGCAUUAGAGGAUGAGGUAGGAGAAAUGUCUAUCGAGCGUUCUUCAUCAUUCAAGCGCAAGUUCUGCUAUGAGGAUUCUGAUGACUACCAGUACGAACUGAACGCCAUGAUCACAGAAAAAUGUCACAAAACAGACUUUGUGCCGGAUCGGGGUAAUCAUGAACCAAUUUCCCGCAUAGAUGAAGAACAAUUUGCUCGGAUGACGCGAGUGGAAUCUCUGACACCUCUACCGAAUCAGCCUGUAACGAAUGAAGCAACCUGUAUGGAACCCAUCACCAAAAAAGAAACGGAUUGUGAUGCAGUGAUUGCCAAAGACGACGAGGGGGCAACCACUUCCAGCCAUCCACGAGCAUUCAAUAAUGCUGGAAAUGACAACAAAAAUCAGUCUAAUCAACUUCACCGAAGCAAAAAUUCGGUAGCACAAAGUGCAAUACGAUUAAAUAACGGCUUACGAGUUGUUGAUAAUAGUUCCAUGCAGGAGCGUGGGAAUGUUGACAUGAAUAUCACACAGAAAGCAGAUGAGCAGAAAAAUGCUCAGUAAAUUAACAGUUACACAGAGCCGUUGAACGUUGCUCCACUGAAAUUUAUGUGAUUUUCUAUUUUGAUAGUAUAAGUUGGUUUUAAAUUAACUCCAGUCAAUUUUCGUGUGAAUACUAACUUUUCACCGGAUGAAAUCAAAUGUUAAAAUCCUUUUAAUCUUAACUCAAACUCUAGUCUCGAAAUGUUAUUGUAGAUGUAAAAAAGUCUUCAGUAAAUUCAAUGCUUAGUUUGUAAGUUGGUAAUGCAGGAUUUAAAAUUCAAAAAUUCGAUACCAAAUUUCUAAAUUAUAAGGUGUUUACUGUGCUCAAAAGAGGAUAUACCUGCCCAUAGGUAGAAAAUCGAUUUUAUAGCUCAAUAAUUAUCUUUAUGAUUAACAAAUCUAAUACCAAAAAUCACUAGCAAAAAAACAGCGUGUAAUGCAACAAUCGACUUUCAACUUUGACAAUUAGAAACCAUUACCUGUAAUUUACCUGAGAAAGAGAAAACUAGUGACAAAGAGAAACAUUGAUCCAAAGUAUCAGAAAUAUUACUCAUAAGACUUGCAUUGGAGGAGAAACCGCAAACAUUUAGCUAAAUAUAUCUACUGUAUGACUAUAA